AUGGGUAAUUGUAUACAAAGCAUAUUGAAAAGGUUACAAAAGAAGAAAUGUUCCGAAAAGACUAUUAUUUUACUUAUCGUGGGUCUUGAUAAUGCGGGAAAAACUUCUGUUUUAAACUGUAUAAGUGGAGAUUCUGAUAAAACUGUAUUACCUACAAUGGGAUUCCGUACAGUGUCUUUAAAAUACAAAUCAUACACAAUAAAAAUUUAUGAUGUUGGUGGCAGCUCCCAAAUCAGAUCUUUAUGGCCAAAAUAUUAUAAUGGUAUACAUGGUCUUAUAUAUGUGGUGGAUGCUAGUGAUAUUUCCCGUCUUACAGAAAAUAAAGUUGUGUUUGGUGAAUUAAUUUCACAUGAAUAUAUUUCAGGGAAACCAUUAUUAUUGCUUGCAAACAAACAAGAUUUAAAUGGAGCUGUUGAUGAAUUAGAUCUUGUUGAAAACUUAGAUGUAGAAUGUGCUGCUAAUACUAUGAAAUGUCCAACAAGAGUGGAGAUAUGUUCAUGUAUUUGGAAAGGAGAUCAAUCAAAAGAUAAUACUAUAGGUAUUAAAAAUGGAUACAAGUGGUUAUUGGAUAUAAUAGUUAAGAACUAUACAGUUUUAAACAGUAAGCUGAAAGCUUGUCAAAAUGCUCAAAAUGAAAAAAAUAAUGAAGUACAAAGUAUGGUAUUAGAUACACCAUCAAGACUAUCAAUUCAUUCCAAUCCUUUUAAACCAAUUAAAGAGCUUGUUUCAAAAAAGGAAGACAUCCAGAUACCAAGUAUGUCACAAAAUGGUAUUGUAAUAAAUGGAAGAAAGUUUAAAAAAAUGUUCACACAUAGAAAUAAGACUGCACCACUUACUACUGAAGAAUCUAUCACUGAAAUUAAAACUGUAUCAGAAAAUGUUAAAUUCACCACUAAAACACUAGAACCUCAAAGAAGUUUUCAAGCACUUCCACCAAUAUUAAAUCCGAUAGCACUGGACACAUACUCGAAUACAGUUAGAUUAAAGACAAAUCGUCCAUAUACAGCUCCAGAACGUUCACAACAGUUUAUAAAUAAGAUAGCAGUAAUUAGUAUUCCUGGACAAGUGACACAAGAAUAAUAUUUUUAAUUAUAUUUAAGUGAUAAUA